AUGCAAAUUGAUUUAAUAGACAUGAGAACUGCUGAACACAAUGGUUUUAAAUGGAUAUUUCACGCAAAAGAUUAUUUUUCAAAAUAUUCUUGGCUUUAUCCAUUAGUUACAAAAGAAGCAAUUAAUGUUGCUGAAACAUUAAAAUCUAUAUUUUAUCAAUUCGGACCACCAAGAAUUUUGCAGUCGGACAAUGGCCGCGAAUUCGUGGCCAAAGUCAUUCUUGCUUUAACAAAAUUAUGGCCGGGAUUGCUGAUAAUUAAUGGACGGCCGAGACAUCCUCAGUCACAAGGAUUAGUUGAAAGAGGCAAUGCCGUCGUACAGCAAUUACUGGGAAAGUGGUUAGAUGAAAAUGUUACCACGGAUUGGCCAUCGGGACUUGGUCCUGCUAUGUAUGCUAUAAAUAUAAGUGUAGCUCGAACUAUUAAUCAAACACCGUUCGAAGUAGUUUUCGGACAGCAACCACGGACGGAUGACUACACUUGGAAAUGCAUUGAAACUCAUCUGAAAACCAAUCAACCGAUCGAACCAAGUCAUGUUAUACUUGAAGAAGACUUACCAGAUGAUAUCUUCGACAUGAUAAAACAAGUAGAUGAAAUUGAAGGUCCACCGAUUGAUCCACAAACGAACAAUUCUAAUGAAGAACCAACAUGUACCAAUGUAGCAUCAACAACUAAUACGAACGAUCAACAACCACAGAAUAAUAAAGAAGAAAUACGUUCAGAUUUCAACAUAGAUCAUGAAGAACUUGUUGAUUCAACCACCUGCCUAUCCAACGUUCUUGAAUCAAAAGCUGCAUCCAUUGCUGUUAAUCGUCACAAACGAAUCCGUGAAAAUACUGAAGAAUGUUAUUUGAACAAUGCUCAUUCACAACUUACUAAAUAUAUUAGCAAGUCCUCUAAACGACAACGAACUUAUCAUGUUGGUGACAUUAUUGGCUUGAAGGUAUCCGAUGUUGAUCGUACAAAUACUUCUUCGACAAUACUUCCAUGUAAAAUAGUUGAUUCCAAAGAUCAAGAUGGUGAAGUUUUCUAUAAUGUUGCAACCAUGAAUGGUAUCAUAAAAGAAAGUUUUCAAUCAAUAGUUUUUCUAGAUAUUACAGCAUCCAAUUUCACUGCAUUACGAAUUCUC